AUUUUUUUUUUAUUGUGUAGCUAUCAUUAAAUGGUAGCUAAAUAAUUAUAUUUCUUUUCAUUUUCAUUUAGUUUUGUUUUUUUUCUUAUAAUGAUUGAAGGAAAGGCAAAUGAACUCCCAGAUUUUCAAGUAUUUCGAACAGUUAUAAAAUACUGUUUAUUUAUAAUAAUCGUACCUGUCAUAUCUUUCUUCGCUGCUAAGAUCGUCCUAUUUGAUUGCCUGCUGCGGCUUGAGGCUAUCACAAGUAGCGUGUACUCUGCAGUUGUUGCUGUGAUAGUAUUACAUAUUACCCUCGGUUUAUACAUAUACAAGGCGUAUGGUGAAGCGGAUAAAGCACCGAAACCUGUAAAAAAAGAUUAG